GAUAAUCCCUUAUUCCUUCAUUAUGUCUGUAAACAGUGAAACAAAAGAACUGGCAAAAUGUGACCAUCCCUCUUUGCAAUGAAUCAGUGACAGAAGAACCUACCACAGUGGUCCUUGAUGUCUAACCUACACUGUUACAUCCACGCCAAAAGAAAAGAGGACAAACGGCCUGGAUCUUACUGAAGCAAGGCCUAGUGCCUGCUAAGCUAUAGAGCACCAAUGUGGAGACAGCUAACGUUUCCCCUUCGAACACGGAGAUAUGCUGAUAACUUCCAUUUGAAGAAAACUCAGAAAUAUGGAUACAAAGGAGAAAGAAAGGGCUUCAUUCUUUUUUUUAAGCCCAUGGGAUCAGAGCGGAUGGAGAUGCGCAAGCGGCAGAUGUCGGUGCAUCAGGAGACAGUGAGUGGCACGCAGGCGCAGCAAGGUGUCGGGAAUAGGGGAUCUAAUGCCUGUUGCUUCUGUUGGUGCUGUUGUUGCAGCUGUUCAUGUCUCACAGUCCGGAAUCAAGAUGAUGAAAGAACAAGGAGGUCUUCUAAUGAAAUCAGAGGUCACGGCAUACCAAACUGGGAGGAAAGUCCAUCUCCUACGCUAGAAGAUGUGUACUCCUGGGGGCAGUCAUUUGACAAACUGAUGACAACGCCGGCUGGAAGAAAUGCUUUCCGGGAAUUCCUACGUACAGAAUUCAGCGAGGAGAACAUGCUCUUCUGGAUGGCGUGUGAAGACCUCAAAAAGGAAGCCAGUAAAAAUGUAAUAGAAGAAAAGGCCAGGCUAAUAUAUGAGGACUACAUCUCAAUUCUGUCUCCUAAAGAGGUCAGCUUGGACUCCAGAGUAAGGGAAGUCAUUAACAGGAACAUGCUGGAGCCCUCCCAAUGCACUUUUGACGAUGCCCAGCUUCAGAUCUAUACCUUAAUGCACAGAGACUCCUAUCCACGAUUUAUGAACUCUGCCAUCUACAAGAACCUUCUUCAGUCCUUAUCGGAGAGCCCGGCCGAGUCUUAGUCUUGUUCCAUGUGUUUUAUUUGAUUUUGAUUUUUUUUAUAUAUAUAUAUAUAACUGUUGUUUUUAUUUAUUUAAAAUACAGAAGAGAUGUAGUACUGUCCUUGGCAGGGAGUUCUAAGCAGGGAUGUUCAACCUCCAACCCUACGUCUCUUGUGGAACUACAGCCCCAGCACUGUAGAUAAAGGACACUGGUUGGCGUUGUUGUUGUUAGUCAUCCCUGGUUUCUAGCUAUCAAGGCUACACCUGAAAUUUAUACUCAGGCAUAUUUUAAUAUGGACAAUACACCUUUAAUUCUUCGGAGUGGUCUUCAUUGCCAUGCUUGGUUUUGGCAUCUAGCGAUCAACUGUAACGGUAAUUGUUUUAUUUUUUUUUUCCCCAUAACAAGUUGGAGAAAUGUUUUAAAUGAUACCUAACAAAGUAGUUGUAUUUUUACAACGGUAAUUAGCAUGUACUCAAAGGCAAGAGUUACUCUGGUGGAAGUGCCUUGAUGUCUUCUGCUGAUUUCCUAGAUCUUGUACGGCACACGUUUCACUCGUCUAUGGGAAAAUGUUCUUAGAAACCAGUUCUCUUCUAAGGACGGUACUUCCACUUGUCUUAGCUAGAGUAUGUGUAUUUAUAUAUACAUGUAUAUAUAUAUUUAUGUACAAUGAAAUAGCAAUGGGCGUACGGCCCAGCUGCUGAUCAAACUCACAUUGACUGAAGCCAAUGGUCUCGAUAAAAAAAAGUCUAUAAAAUAAUGCAUUUUUUUUUCUUGUAAACCAGUCAAAGAAAUUUAUUAUUGAAUGAAAAUUCUCAAAAAAGGAUUGUUCUGUUGUGUAUGUUUCUAAAAGUUAGAUUUAAAUAAUUCUUAUUCUUUUUUUUUUUUAUUUCUAUCCUUUUGCAAAGGGAGAAAUAAAAAAAAUGUUCUAUUUAUUCUUUAGCAGAAGAAAAUAAACUGGAAAAACUGUAAUAAAGCACAAGAGUUUCAACUCAA